AUGUCAUUGUCAAUAUCCUUCUGCUUCUUGUAUGAUGAGCGAGAGGUGAAGGUUCCUACAAAUCUCUCUGGUCUUGUCGACAGGUGCUCUGAUUCGAAGGCUGCAGCUGAGGGAGACCCUAAACAACUCAGGGAGAUCAGAAAGAAGUUUGAGGCAGUCAGAGACUUAAAGCAAAUCUGCGAUGUAUACAGUGACUUCGCUACGGGCCGGAGAGCCUUGCACUACGCGGCUGAAAUGGGAAAUUUGGUGAUUUGCGAAAUCUUGGUUGACAAGUUCAGAGCCUUUGUUGAUAUCCCGUCUUACAGCGGGGAUACUCCUCUGCUAGAAGCUGCCAAAGGGGAACAUGUUAAAGUUGUGGAAUAUCUGAUCAACCAUAAUGCUCUACAUCAGGUGCCGAAUAAAAAGGGAUUCACAGCGUUGCAUUAUGCAGUUCUAAAAGGGAACAAGCAGCUUAUGGAGAUCUUGCUGGCAAACGGUGCUCCUACGGAGAUAGAUUCUGUGGAUGGAACACCUUUACAAAUUGCAGCAUCUCUUGGAAAUCUCAAGGCUGUGAAGUUGCUGCUGAGAAAUGGGGCGACGCCUAGUUCAGAUACUUCAUCAAUUAUGGGGUCCCCUCUUAUAAGCGCAAUCAAGGCUCGCUCAUUUGAAUGUGUCAAGUGUCUACUUAAGGCUAAGGCUAACCCAGAGAAGUGUUUAUAUGGGUUAACUCCUUUGUCACAUGCAGCAAAAGAACGCGACACAAGAUAUCUGCUGAGUUUGCUUGAUGCUGGAGCAAAGCCUGAUAAUUUUCAUGGUCGCGGUUACAGCAAUUGA